GAGACGCGACGGCACUUCUUCUUCCCGAGAUGCCGCUUGCGUUCAUCCCGCGGGGAGAGGUUUAUUGGUCAACGGCCGAUGUUUUAAGCGCCUUUUCCUUCGUCCCUUCCUCUCUUUUUUGCUCCAGUUCCUUCUCUUCUCCUCCGUGUGUUUUCUGCUGACGUCAGUGUCUCUCGCUCAGGCGCAGAUGACGUCAGAAAGAGAGAUUUCUGCUCAAAGAAGAAACAGAACAGUCUUGAAAUCGCAGCCUCCGUGACGCUUCACGUCAGAUUUGCGCGUUGUUCACACAAUUGCUACCGUCGUGUUCAGUGAUCUCUGAUGAACGGACCGAACCUUGAGCUGUUAUCGUCAUUAUUCUUAUUAAUAAUAAUAAUCAUCAUGAUUAUAUCGACAGCAAAAAUCAUCACAACAACGACGAUGACAAUAACACACAAGCAACUUCCGGAUCCGUCGCUGUGGGACCGGAAACGCGCCGCUGCAGCUGGACGGGAAGCUGCUGGCGGAAGAAGCGAAUCACCGACCUUUCAACAUAAACGUCCAGACAAACUCAUCGAUGUGUUCGAGGGCAAAAGUCACGCGGCACACAACAGAUGAUGUUUUGCUAACAAACCAAUGAGGUGGGAAGUGACCUCGCCGUCGAAUGAGCCGAAGGAGUUUGCUCCGGGAAACGAACGUGAGCGGCCAAUCAGCUUUUACUCUGAAGUCCCAGACAUGGCCCACCGUUCGAGUCCGUCUCCAGCGUCGACGUCGCAUCCCCCGAAGCCUCCGCCAGCGGUUCCAGUCGAGUGGAUCGGGCUCCAGAGCGGCGCGUCAUGCCGGCGGACAUGUUGCUCCACGCCGCCCACCUCAGCACCCUGGUGGCGUGCGCGGUGCUGAAGCUCCCGCAGAUCCUGGUGCUGGUGCGAGCCCGGUCCAGCUGCGGGCUCAGCCUGCACAGCCUGCUGCUGGAGCUGGCCGGCUUCGUUGUGUUCAUGACGUACCAGGUCUACUACGACUACCCCCCCCCGACCUACCUGGAGUACCCCAUCCUCAUCGCCCAAGACGCCGUCAUGCUGCUCCUGAUCCUCCACUACAACCAGCAGCGCAGCCACGCCCUGCUCUACGCCCUGCUGUUCGUCGGAGGCUGGCGGCUCGUCACCGUGCACAAAUGGAUGGUAGACCUGGCCAUGGUGGGGCGCCCUGAAGGCUCGACAGGAAGUGAUGCGGCGCCACUGACGUGCGCUCUCUCUCCUCAGAGCCUGUGCACGGUCAUCAGCGCGGCCAGUAAGUUCGCCCAGCUCCAGUGUCUGUGGAGGUCCAAGGACGCCGGGCAGGUGAGCGCCCUCAGCUGGCUGCUGGCCGUCUACACCUGCGCAGCUCGGAUCUACACCACCGCGGUGACGACUGGGGACGUGCAGGUUCUGGUGCGCUUCAUGGUGACCACCUCGCUCAACGCCUGGGUGCUGCUCACCGUCCUGCACUACCAGAAGCGCGGCGGGGGCGGAGCCAAGAAGCAAGACUGAGAGCAGCGGACGGCGCUGAGGGAGCGGCGCUGAGGGAGCGGCGCAGACGUGCCUCCCGGGGGUGACCUCGGCUGAGAACAUUCCAGUGGCCACCACAACGCGUUUACAUUGCCGCGUGAAACUCCUCCUCAGGGUCCAGACUGAAUUUCUUAUCAGAACCUUUUCUAAAUAAAAGACGUGCUGUUGAGACCAGCCCCUCACCCCAGCAGAAGCACAGGCCCGGAGGCCGACGGCACAUCCACGUCUUUAUUGUCCAAGUGGUUAGGAUCAUUACAAACAUGCAAACCCUUCGGUACAAAGUUUAAAAUCUAUGCUGUGUGUAGUUUCGGGUAUAAAACAUGCGUCUUGGUUAAAGGAGGCCACUGGGCAGACACACACACACACACAGUCCACGGGCUCAUGUCAACAGAAGAACAUCACACCAAACGCUGGAGCAAAAAGAAACGGUGAGCGCCUCCACUGGAGCGCAGCUGCUGGGUCCAGGGAGGUGGCGGAGCUUCAGCCCCGCGUCUUGACCGGCCCUGCAGCGUCUCUGCCUCCUGGCCAGUCCUGACGGCGAGGCUUGAGGUGAAACAUCCAUCAGAGUGAGACGCCGCCGCCGCGUCCUUAACUGGGGAGGAGAGAUGCGCACAGUCAGACGUGACACGUGGAGGCGGCGUGGAGCACCGCUGUGGGUCUCGGCACAGCAAUGGACGGCACCUGGAUCCAAGACCUCCGGGAAUAAAGCCAGGACCUGCAGUGACCGACCCCCCCCGCCCCCCCUUCACCACGUGCACCCCUAACCUCCUAAAUGAGCAACCUACGCAGGAGGAAGU